ACCAUAUUGUUGUCCUCUGACCUAGCUAACUUGGAGAUGGCAUUGUAUUGGAUUGCACUUGCUCUAUUGGCCAUGCACAACCUGCCACCCACCACUUCAAUAGACAUAGGUCUUUGCUUUUUACGAAGGGAAAAUGACACCCACCUCUCCACCCAGCCUCUGGCCAUCGGCCUCUUACAACAGUACAAAAUCGAAAAAGUCCGCAUCUAUGAUUCUGAUCCUUGGUUUCUUUAUUCUGCCUCCAACUCCAGUAUUUCUGUCCUUGUUACCAUUCGCAACGACGACCUUAUCCCCAUCGCCUAUAGCCAAGCCAAUGCCACCGCUUGGUUCAAUGACAACUUGCAACCCUACAUCGACUUCAUCUUGUUCCCCUUCAUCAUCGCCGGCAAUGACGCCAUCCCGGGACCAUAUGCGGUUUAUGUUCGCCCUGCACUUGAUAACCUCCAGCAGGUCCUCACCGCCAACGGCCUCAGCGGCAUGCGCGUGAGCACGGCAGUGUCCACGAAAGCCCUUCGGCAAUCGUACUUUCCCCCUUCUAUCGCCACCUUUAGCGACUCAGCGGUGAAGCACAUGACUGAUGUGGUCGCCUUUCUGGAGAAAUACAGCUCGCCGCUGUUGCUCAACGUGUACCCAUACUUUGAGGUCGCCAAGCAGCCAAAGCGUGAGUGGCUGGACUUCGCGCUGUUUAGGUCGAAGGACGCGGUAGUUAAAGAUGGGAAUUUGGAAUAUGACAACUUGCUGGAUUACAUGGUGGACGCGUUCAGGUGUGCUAUGGAGAAGGUGGGAUCGACGACCUUGGACGUGGUGGUUGCAGAGACGGGGUGGCCGUCGGCGGGCAACGGGGAUCUGACGACGCCAGAGUUGGCAGGGACGUACAACGGGAAUUUUAUGAAGCAUGUGUUGUCGUUGGCGGGAUCGCCGAAGAGGCCCGGAACCUAUUUAGAGGGAUAUAUUUAUGAGAUGUACAAUGAUGAAGGGCACGAUUUUGGCGUGUUCUAUCGCAACAGGUCGCUUGUUGCACCCAUAUUCUAGGACUAUGCUACAGAGAAAUAAUUCCUUGCAAGUAUUUCUCUAUGUUACUAGAGGAGAUUGCAGUUGAUAAUAAAUUUUGAGACAUUUGCCUAAUGUUUCAUGUUUGAGGUUUAAGAUAAAAAAGAAAUAUGAGACGAAAUUUAAAUUA